AUGUUUAGAAGAAACGAUAAUCGUUAUCAAUAUGGUGCGCCUCAAAAACCAAUGGAUUCAAGUGCAUUGGCAGCAGCUAGUGCCUUAGGAAGAGCUUUACAGCCGGAUGGUAAGACGGUCGAUCAUUCAAAAUUACCUAUAUACAAUCAACCAUCUAGAUCUGCAUCAGUAAGAAACUUUAAUAGACCGAAAAGUAUAGUGGCACCUCCAAAGACGAAACAUCAUUCUAUUACUUCUACUGCUACACAAAGACAUUCCUCGUUAACCAACACUAGGUAUAAUGAUGGUAGAACGAAGACAAUAUCACAAUCAAGAACAAAUUCUGUCCAUAGAGAAGAUAAACCACAAUCAAGGACGAGAUCUAUUACAGGAACAUCACAACGUCAACAAUCAUCAUCACAAUUAAAGAAAUCAACAUCGGUAAAUAGUUUGAGAGAAUAUCAUCGAUCGUCUAGUUUACCAACUAAGAUGAGUUCAUCGAACAUUACAAAAAUGCAACAACAUGACGCUAAUACAGCUUUUGCAGAUUUUGGUGAUCCACAAUUUGUAGAUGCAUUAGACACAUUACCUUCUCAUCCUAUUAAAGUUAGGACUGUGAAAAAAUAUAUACCGGGUCCAAAUGGUCUAAUUUCUAUUGAGGUACCUGUAAAUGAACCGAUAGUGUAUGAACAUAGGACUGUUAUACCUAAAAAAUCAUCUAGGUCAUCUCUAAAGACAUCACAAAGUGUCCGUUCCAAUUUGGAUAUAAAUAAUACUAAAAAUUUUAAUUCCCUACAAGCCAAACCAAAGGCUAAAAUAAAAAGAUCAUCCAGUAUGCGUUAUUCGCUGAAGACAGAUCAAGAUACCCGACUAAAUUCCAUGACUGAAGUUGACUCUGGGUCAAAUCAUAAUGCUCGUCAUCAUGGACAUAAGUCUAACGAUAAAUUAGCUACACAUUCCAUAAGAGCAGCUUCCUUGAAUAAUAGAACAAAAAAUCCACGACAUACAAAUAUUAUUAAAACCUCUAUGCCUGAGGAAAAUGAGACAACACCACCAGUUGAAACACAUGUAACUGAGAAACCAAAAGCCAGUAGUAGACAUAAUUCUCCUGUUGAGACUACUUCUAAAGCUUUUGCAAAAACAAAUACAACUAAAGUUCAGCAAGGGAAAGAACUCCCAAAGAAUCAUAAGGAACCACAAAGAAUGAAUUCUAGUAUGACUAAAAUAUCAAAAAAAAGAAAAUCAUACGAUUUUUCUAAUGGCUUUGCGGACUUCGCAGAUGAUAGUCUUAUAACGAACUACGAUACUGUUAGACCAAUUGUUUUAGACGAAGAGGAUGUUUCCGUCAUUAAAAAUAGUUUACCAGACAUAAUGGAUUCUGACGAUAAGCCAGCCGAUGUGGAAAAGAGUUUUAUUGAAGAUGAACAAGAAUCAUCUAUCAAAGAUUCUCUAGAAACCGGUGAUGACCACUACGGAAGAAAUCAUAAUGAGCAACCUAUGUUGGAACAAACUACAUCUAAACAAACUGAAGAAAAUAUACAAAAUUCAGAAACAGUUGAAACGUUAAACCUAAACCUUCCAAAUGGAAAAAAAGAGGUAGACGAUAAAGAGCAAAUAAAUAGCGAUGGAUUAAACCUUUCUGAAAAUAUGGAAAACACUAAUGAUGAAACUGUUGUUGAUGAUGAUAUCGCCACUAAAGAAUCAAACAAGCUAUUAUCAUCAGGCACACUCGCCGAACAUGAGUCUGAAUCAAAUGCUGCUCUAGAUGGGCCCUAUUCUGAAAUACCAAAUGAUAGUAAAGAUCAUAAAUCAAGUGAUGAUAGAGGUGAUAAACCAAAUAAUAUUGAGAAGCUACCUGAAGCUUCUAAUGAAGAAUCUGAAAAAAGAACUGACGAAAAAAAAGACAAUAAAGGUAAUGUAGAGGAUAAAAAUACAAAAACUAACGAUGAUGGAAAUGCAUUAGAGGAUAACCAUGCAGUCAUUGAAGAAGCUGGGAAUGACAAAAAUGGGGACUCGGCAGAGCAGUCUGAUGUUGAGCUGGAUAAAAGUAGUUCAGUCAUUCCUACAACACCUGCUGCAGUGUCUAUAAACGACUUCCACACUCCUACAAUGACAGCGCUUCAUGGUAUGGUCACACCACCUUCUAGCACUUCUGCAUAUGUAAGUACAGAAGAGGAUAUGAAUUUAAGAAGCUCGGUUGAAGAUAUUAUUGAUUCGAUGGAUGCAAUAGAUGUAGAGUUAGAAGGCAAUUUAGACGUUUCAUUAGAUUCUACUAAACAUAUACCACAAGAGGUACAGGAAAAUGUUUCGAAUAAAGAAAUCAAUUACAAAGGACCCAAAACUGUGAAGGAAAAUCUAAAACCUAUUACUAAAACUACAGCUAUUAUUAAACCGAAAAAGAACAUAGUAGACUCGACAGAACAUAAAGUCAGCAAUGGUAACAAAAGAGGGUCUGAUUUCGAUAGACAAUCGCCAAAAAAAGAUGAACAUAAAAAUCUUGCUCAUCAUCUACGUACAGCAAAUCCAUAUCUAUCCAUACCACCAAAGAGUGCUAAGAGGUUAGAGGAUAAAUUAAAAAACGAAAAAAAGAAAGAAGCUGCUGUCAAAAAACUAUCCACGUUAUCUAAGGGUGAAGAACGCAACAAAGAUAUUUCUAAUAUUGGCGCAAUUUCAAGAAAUACUUUAGAUGUACCAAAACCAAAGCUGACAAAGACCGUCACACCUAUAAAGUCUGCGUUAAAGAAUACUCCAAACGCCAAAAGUAACAGUUCUUCUAUGUAUUCGGAUUAUUCUCCUGCUGAAGGGGCAUAUUUAUCAUUGACAACUGCUGAAAACACAAGAUUGAAUGCAAAUAUUCCUGAAACCUUCGCUCCUCCAAUGAGACAAAAUGUCUCUAAAAGAUAUUCAAGGCCACAAUCUAUGAUGGCCAGAGUCAAUCAAAGAUCUUCUUCUCCUACUCCGAAAGAAAAAACUAGACUAAAUCGUAAUUCCACAAUUGAAAGGCAUUCAAGUCAGAUAAGAAAUUCACAGGUUAAGCCACAUUCAAAUGACCAUACGAUGAAGAGUAGCUUGGGUACAGUUCAGUCCGUUAAAGCUGCAUCUUUGGCUAUUAAUCCGUCUACUAAUGAUCAACAGUCCAUAAAACGUAGUGGUUCAUUUUCAAAAUCCGUUUCAAUAGCUAAAAAGAAGGCAGAGACGAAGGGGUUUGCCUUCAAUGGAGAGCCAACCGCAAGAAGAAGGAUGGUCAACAAUAAUAAAACAUCUAGAGCUACAACUACAGGAGCCGCUACGACAAACAAUGGAAUAGACCCAAAUUUAGUGGGUAUAUUAUACCCAAGGGAACUUCCACAAAAGAAGUCUAGUUUUGAAAAAUUAAGAACAAACGAUUCUCAUCUUGGUUUCAAAAAAAUGUCCUUAAGAGACGAGUCGAUUAUGAACGAUAAUCAACAAGAGGAAAAUACAAAUGAAACUCACCAGAAUGGUGAACCAGAAGAAGAGAAUGUCGUGUCAAGUCUGUUAAAGAGUGGUGGGUGGACAUCUAGAUUCCAAGAUUCUGAUUCUGAUGAUGAUUUCACAGAAAAGUUAUCAGGAUCUAAGGGGUCAUCAAAGAUAUCCUCUCCAACAAAGGAAUCUAAAUCAAGGUUAACAAAUGGCCUUUCUAUGUUUAAAGGGAGACAAACGGCAGAUAAUUCUGAGCAAAACCACCACUCUAAUUAUCACGUACAUCCUCCUCACUCGAAUAAUGCUCAACGUUCUGUUUCAACACCAAACCAUCAAGCGAAUAGUAAUAAUUACUCAAACAGAAAUGGUUACUCACAGUUUGUUGACCCAAAUCGGGUUAACUCUGCUGGGAAAUUUUCAAAUCAGGUACAACAAUCCAAUGACAAUAACGAGAGGAGGGUACUUUCCAACACAAUUCAAAAUAGUAACACAGGAAGGAUGUCUGGAAGAACUCUAACAAAAGUUGAAAAUGGUGAUGGUUCAAACAAGAAACAAGGUGGUUUUGGUAAGAAAUUAAAGAAAAUAUUCGGUCGUAAAAAAAAUGAUAUGUAA